UGGCAACCAGAAAGCAAAAAAUGUGCAAGAAAAAAUAUGAGAAUAACAGGACAGGCAAGUGGUUUAUUAAUUUGUAAUUAUUUUGUAUUUAAUAAGACAUAGCAUAAUAUUUUAAAUCAAACUCUUUAAUAGUUGUUGAGAAGUCGAAGCAAAAGGCCAUUAAAUCAAGUACGAUAUCUUGACCUUUCAAGUACCAAUAUCGGUAAAGUUAAUUUUAAUACUGUUUUGAUCGAGUCUAAAAGUCAAUUUAAUAUGUAUUUUAUUUAUAUUCAGACGUUUAAUACUGUGACAAGCAGUGAGUUUAUACAUCUGUGGUUACAUUGAUUAUAAUUUUGCUAUUCUGUAGUGACACUAAAUCAGUUAGAGUUAUGUCCGAAGUUAACAACAUUGAUAGCAAAUCAUAAUCAUUUGGAAAGUGUCCCAAAUUUGGAUUGUUGUCCAGAACUAUGGAAACUUGAUCUUUCACACAAUAAGGUAGUUUUUAAGCACUUUCGAAUUUUACCAGUUAAUCAGACAAAAACAUUUUACUGCUAAGAGAAGAUCGACCAAGCUGAGAAAUAAUAUUUUUGAAACAGUAUUUUCUGAGAAACAAUUGUCAGAAUUACUAUUUCUAAAGUAUUUUAACAAUUCACACAAACCAAUAGCCAAUUCCAGCUUUUAGUUUAUGCCUGCAGGGGUGAUGGGAAGUAAGAUAUCAUAUUGCUGAUUAUGCUGAAAAAUGUCAAUAAAAACUACCGAGUACCGAAGCAACCAAAAUAUUUCAAUUUAUAUUUACAAGUAUAAGCUAUCACUCCGUGUUUAAUUACACAGCCACCAUUUUUAUUUUUCCAGCAUAAUCAGCAAUGUGAUACCUUACUUCCCAUCGUCCCCUGCAUGCAUAAACUAAAAGGUGGAAUUGCCUAUUGACCCUAGAAGUGCUUAUGUCACGCAAUUUGCCAUCUAAACAUCUAAGGUAUAAGCAAUUAAUGCAAAUAUGUGGGAUACAUAUGGGUGAAAUAUUCAUUGUUUGGCAGUGACAUGCAUGAUCUUCUAAGCCUCUAAGGUCAAUAAUAUUCAUUUCAGAUGUAUACAGCUAUUUCAAUUAAGGUUGUCCCCAAGCAAAGCAGAAAAGUCGAUUAAUAUGAGCGCAAAAAGAUUGCUGGGAAUCGCUAAAAAAUUAAUGAUUUUUUUAGCGAUUCCCAGCAAGUCUUUCGCGCUCAUAUUCAACUUUUCCACUUUGCUCAGGGACAACCUUAAUUAAUUUAUUAACUUUGCCAAAUUCAAAUAACAUUAACACAAAAACUGGCAGGGCAAUCGCAACAGCUUGCGCCAAUUACUGUGAUCCCUAAAUGUUAGAAAAAUAUACUAUGUAGGUACAUAGAAAAAAACAAUUACUAACAAACUAUCAGAUACUUUUCAUAUUGCGACCCACAGGACCACUUCCAUUUUUGGAAGCUGACUGAGUAUGACAGUAAUUAAAAUAGCUGUAUACUGUAUAUGAGCAAUCAUUUGUGACUUCCUUUAUUUGAUCAUUUCUGGGAGUUUGAUUGCUGGUUGAGGAUAAAAGGUUGAUGGUAGAAUGUCAAGGAUCGAAAAAGUAUCGAGGGUGUUGAAAAAAAUAUUGAGGGUGAAAAAAUGUCAAUGGUGAAAAAGUUAAAAAGACUUGAGGGUGAAAAAAGUGUUGAGGGUGAAAAAAGUGUUGAGGGUGAAAAAAUGUUCAGGGUGAAAAAAAUGUCAAGGGUGAUUAUGGCUCAAGAAUUUGUUCUACCUUUCUGAGAGGGAGGACAUUUAAUUUGAGAGCAACAGAAUAUAAUUUAAAUAUUUAUCUUUAUAUAUACAUGUUGCACUGAAAACCAAUUGAAUAUAAUGGACAAUUUGCAUGUUGGGCUAAAUUUUGAUCUAAGUAAGGGAGCGGUCAUUAAUUAUUGGGGGGGGGGGAGGUCUGGUAAAUUUUUAUAAAGCAGGGCCCAAAAAUACAUAACCCAUCUAAAAUAUCAGUCCAAAAAGCUUGGCCUUCCCAAUGACUUUGGCCCAAAAAAUUGUGGCCCUCCUUUGAGAUUUUUUACAUUAAAAUUUGAUUUGUGAAUUAUGUAAUAAUUGUGUCAUCAAUUUUGGGACAACACGUAUUUCUUAAAUCUCAUGCAAAGUCCGAAAUUUUUGCUCUUCCCAUCCAAGUUCUACAAACUCUCCCCGAUCUUGUGUUCUGCAGAAAAUCGGAAUGUUCUUUUCUUCAAUGCCUGCCUUUCACAAUUAGGAUCUUCAUUGUCUUCCUCAUCUUCAUCGUCUUCAAUGUUAUAUUAGCACUCCCAAUUUGCUGUUCCACAAUAUCUUCUUCAUCAUCAUCACAUUCAUCGAUGUCGUCGUCACUGGCAUCAUCAGUCAUCACGGCUAUCUGCCUGUGAGUUGAGUGAGUACAACGACUUAACAAUGUCUGAUGUUACGAUAUCCACUUUCUCUCGUUUCAAUGCACCUUUUGAGUGCUUUAACUUUCGCUUAGCAAUAUACAAGUCCAGAACAGCAACUUUCAACUUCACCUGUUCACCAUGAGCAAUGCAAAUCUUCAAUCAUCCGCAAAAGUGAAGCUAGAAAUAAAAAUUUAGGCUGGAUUCCAAAUCCACGUGCAGAAAUGAACAAAUUCCAUAACAAUGUUUAUGAAUCAUUCUAUUUGGAGCGUAAAGGAGCAUACUGUGACACGAAAAAGGACUUCACCCCAUGCCGAAGCCAGAUAUCAGUAUGACAAUGAGAAGAUGAUUUCAAAAAUCAAGAACCAGCGAUAGCAUAUUAAGUCUGAAAAGGAUCCUUUGCAGGCUAGGUAUUUUAUCAGGGAAAACGGGCCGCCGCAGGGGCGCACAUUAGGGGGGUUUGGGGGGGGGGGGUGCGAACCCCCCCCCUAACGUCCGAAUAUCACUAAAAGUCGGUCCCAUUCUUCCUUGAUACUGUGCGAAAACUCGGUCCCAAAAUUCGGGUAUAAGAAUUAAUAUUUACUUCUGUCCGACUCCGUGAAUUGGGACCGACAACACAAGAGCUGGUUGGUAAGAUGUUAUGAACAAGCCUAUGUGUAUGUGUUAAUGUGUAAGAAACUAUUUCUUGAUUUUUAAACGUCAAAUCGUAGCGCACCCGCUAAGGUUUAGAUGGUUAAUUCAGAUUAUUUAUUAUCUUGAUUUUAUUGUUUUGCUAGUUGUUAUUAUACACUUCUAUUUUUCAUUAUUUUCAGUAUUUUAUAUGGACGAACGAAAGUAACAAUUAUAUUCGAAGAAAUAAACUCGUCUCCCUCUCUCUGCUACUAUACGAUUUCGCCUGCGAACGGAUAUUCUCAUGACAGCUCAUACACAUUACUAAUAAACACGUCCUGGUAUUCACACGCGAGCUCAUAGGCCUAUACACAUGUUUUGAUUCUUCAGUUCAGAAAAAGACUUAUCUGAUUCUAUUGAUCUGGAACAGAUUGAACAAAUGCAGAAAUUGAGCGAACUAUUCAAUAAGGGAUGAAUUUUCUUAAUCCGUUCGUACACCUGAACUAGCCUACCGAAAAGGUAGAGUUAAGACUCUGAAAUGGUCGUUUCCGGCGACCUAGAGGUCCUAAAUGUUGAAAAUUUUCUCGCUCGGCGCCAACCAUGGUGGCGCCUCGUGAGACUUAACCCCCUGGUUUCAAAUACAUUCCCACGUCCCUGUUCUGUCGCAUGAUGUUUUUGCAGAAUUGUUUUUACCCUUCUGUUUAAUUUAUUUUUGAAUAUCAAAAAGUCGGUCCCCAAGUGGCCCACACCCCCCUAGAAAUUCCUUAGAUGUGCGCCCCUGCCGGAAAACCAUGUGGUAAAACCGCACGAUAGUGAAACAACAAAACAGAAGAUUAAGUACUGCCAAGAAAUAACUUGUCCCCGCGUCUGCCCGCGUCCUGCCUCCAGAGCGCCCGCGUCUUGCGUCCACUCUGCCCGCGUCCUGCCUCCAGAGCACCCGCGUCCGGCCUCCACGACGCCCGCGUCUUGCGUCUACUCUGCCCGCGUCCUGCCUCCAAGCGCCCGCGUCCAGCCUCUAGUUAAAAACUGCGUCCGCUUGGACGCAGUCCUAACAUAAUCGGAAAAACGAACUAAUAUUUGCAUCAUACUCGUAGUUUGUCGUGAGAAUACAGAUCAGUGUCACUGAUCGGAGAAGCAAAGAAUAAAAAGUUGAAUCCGAAAUCGAGUUUCAUUGAACCUAAGCUCAUUGAAGAUGCUCAUUUACAAUAUAUAUAGUGCUUUUGAUUUUUCAUAUAAAAUACCAUUACUACGAGCCACUAUAUAAUUUUAUUUACAGCAACAAGUUUGUGUUGUUUUUCCAAAGCAGUAAAUGCACAUGGUGAUAUGUCAUAUAAAUUGAUAAUUACCAUAUAAUUUCUGGAUAAAUGACUUCUCUUAAUCCCUUAAUGGAAUACCUUUACAUGUCCAGGAAACAGUCUUUGUGUUUCAACACGGUUCAAUGACUGUGACUCAUCGCUUGAUUUUCAAAGUUGCAGUAUAAUUCGCUAAAGCUGAAGUGAAGAGCUCAGACUAAUAUCACUCGAUCCGUAUUACUAUCAGACUCAGUAAUACAAUGAGGUAUCGAUCGCUUACUUGUCAACCCGAAAACGUUAAAAGACUUACUGGGUUUAAACCAAACGUUAUACGAAGGUGCGAAAGUAGAGAUCAAAUACGAAAAGGAACUUUACGAAGCACAAAUUCUGAAAAUUCACGGUAAGUUUAAUAUUAGAAAUAUAAAUAUCUAGGAUUCUAGGUCUGUAACGCUUGUGUAUAUAAGCAUAAAAACGUGGUGUGAAAUCGCUAACAUGAAUAUUUUCCGACGCCCACGGUUUGUUUAUGAAAAGCGAAACGCGAUAAUUUCCGACGAUCUACGAAUAGACCUCUUUCUCAGCUGCGUCCUCGCCCGCAGACGCAAAGCGGACGCAUGGCGCCCGCACAGUGGACGCACCCGCAAGCGCCCGCAGACGCACAGUGGACGGACGCACGGCGCCCGCAGGACGGACGCACCCGCGGGCGCCCGUGGACGCACAGUGGACGCAAGAUACCCGCGUCUUGGACGCGGUUUUUGAUAAGUUAUUUCUUGGCAGUACUGUACAUACAAUAUAGAUGACCUUCAAAACUGUAUUGAUAAGAUUGAAAAGACCCUAAAAGAACACCUUGAAAUACCAUUCAUUCAAUAUUUGGGCAAAUUUUGACAGGACAUAAUACAGCUCAUUAUUUUGAUGUAGCUUAGUUAUCUCAGUUGCAGAGUGUCAAAACUGGAUUAACUACUCCACGUAC